AAAACCAAAGCCUCUUGUUUUAAAAAGUAAAAAAGAAUCAUUCCGCAUCUAGCAACACUCCGCAUCAGUUGUCAAAGAACUCUUGUCUUGUGCUGUUGCUCCCGUGUUUGUUGUAUCAAUUUGUAUGUCAAUUAUCAAUUAACCCUCGUUGAAUGAUGGCUUGUUGAUUAUUAAAAAGCAGUGCUGCCGUGACUUUUGAUGUGCACUGCGUGAAUUAUGGCGGCGGGUGGCGAGGAGCUGUGGCGCGAGUGCGCGUCUUGGCUGACGAGAUGUGGCUUGCUACGUCCUGACCACAAGGCGAACUGGGAAUCGAGUACGAUCCACGACCUGGCGUACACGCUGCGGGACGGCGUGCUGCUGUGCAACCUGCUGAAUGUGCUGCAGCCGGGCUGCGUGGACAUGAAGGACGUGAACCAGCGUCCUCAGAUGGCCCAGUUCCUAUGCAUGAGGAACAUCAAGGUGUUCCUAAAAAUGUGCGAUGAGGUGUUCGAGCUACGCGAGACAGAUCUCUUCGAUCCAUCCAUGCUGUUUGAUCUGUCCAACUUCCAUCGAGUCCUCUGCACCUUGGCGAAGCUCAGCCAAUGUCCCAAGGCACUUGCUAAGGGCAUCAAGCCCUUCUCAGCUCACAGGACCCAGUCAGAAGAAGACAUCUACAAAGACCUACAGUCCGUCGCUGUCUCGCUCGAAACGCCGAGGAGACUCGAAUGCCCGCACACGACGACGCCCGAAGUGCCCUGGGUCCAGUUCACGAUACCCAGCGCCUCCUGCGAAGACCGCGUGGAGGAGAUAUACGAGGACCUGUGCUACGUCAAGUUCACGUCCGCUUUACCUGAGCUCGCCACGUCAUCACACAGUCUGGAGAAGCGGGAUUACGUGAUCAGAGAACUGGUGGAUACGGAGUGCAACUAUGUCGACGUGCUAAGCAAAAUUAUCAAGUAUUUUCUGAGGCCACUCACUCCGUAUCUCAAGGCGCAAGAUCUGCAGGUCAUCUUCUUUGGGAUUAAGGAACUUCACGACAUCCACUCCGGCUUGCUCCGGCAACUGAAGCUAGCCACGGAAGCCUGCGUGCCCGGCAACGGAGCCCCGCGCCUUGCCGACGUCUUCCUCACAUGGAGAGAAAGACUGCUACUAUACGGGGACUACUGUUCCAACUUGACCGCGGCUCAGGACACGUUGAAGACUCUGGACGCAAGAGACGCGACGUUUAGUAAGCAGUUACAGAAAUGUCAGAAAGAACACAGCGAUGGCCGGAUUCAACUCCGCGACAUUCUCUCCGUACCCAUGCAGCGGGUUCUCAAAUACCACCUGCUGCUCGACAAACUCGUCCACGAAACGCAACCGAACCACGAGGAGUUCCGCGGGUUGGAGCGAGCGAAAGAGGCGAUGGUGGACGUGGCGCAGUAUAUCAACGAGGUGAAAAGGGACAGCGAGGUUUUGGCGCUUCUUGCUAAAGUUCAGGAGAGCAUCCUAGAUUGGGACGGAGGCGCGCUCGGCGCGGGCGGUGCGGGGCUCGCAGCCUACGGACGCCUGUUGCUAGACGGGGAACUCAAAGUCAAAGCCCAUGAGGACCAGAAGCUUCGCUCGAGAUACGUGUUCGUCUUUGACAAGCUGAUGCUGCUCUGCAAACCAGUUAAGGAGAACCAAUAUUCCUACCGCGUCGGCGUAAAAUUAGCCGAGUACAGAGUACAAGAAGGCGCCGGUCGCCGUACGCUCAGAAACGAUGGACGCUGGUCGUCACAGUUCUACCUAGUGCGGCGUACUAAGGACGCCACUUACACGCUAUACGCGCGCAGCGACGAUUGUAAACGGAAGUGGGUGAAGGCUAUUAAGGACGCCAUUGACAAUCUGGAGCCUGUCGGAUGCCGUAGCACCAACCACAAGUUUGUGCUCCACACCUUCGAAAAACCGGCGACAUGUCACCACUGCUCCAAGUUUCUCAAAGGACGGAUAUUCCAGGGCUACCUCUGCUCCGUGUGCAACGCGUGCGCUCACAAGGAGUGCAUAGCGCUGUCUGGCCGCUGCGGGGGCGGGCUCACGCCGGCCCCGCCCCUUCCGCCCCACCACCAGCCGGACCAGGCGCUGCACUACUACAUGUGGUACGUCGGAGAGAUGGGUCGUGAAACGGCAACGAAUCGCUUGGAGCGGCGCGUUGAUGGAACCUUCUUAUUACGAGUACGGCCUCAUCCAACGCAUCAUGCGGACACUGACACGCAGCUCGCUCUCUCACUCAAAACCGACAACACGGUGAAACACAUGCGAGUAUGCCGGAAGCCGAUAGACCAAGUCCCUCACUACUUCCUGUCCGAGUCCCGUUUCUUCCGCAGCGUGGUGGAGCUCAUCUCCUACUACGAGAAGACCAGCCUGUCUGAAAACUUCGUGGGUCUGAACUCCAACCUGCGCUGGCCGUUCCGCCGCGUCGUAGCCACGGUGGUGCACGACUUCCGUCCCCUGGAGUCUUCGCAACUGGCCCUUCGGCCCGGAGCCAAGGUGCUAGUGCUUAGCAAGGAGGGCGACAGUCGCGGGUGGUGGAAAGGACGGACACUCGACAAGGGCGACAACCGCUCCGGCUACUUCCCAAAAGAGUGUGUACGCGAAGAGCCAGAAUGUAUCGGCGCGCUCGACUGAUGUCAGCAGUGCCUCGCCGAGCGCGCCGCGCCCGCGCGAGACACCGACGAUGACACCGCUGACCUAGUGUAGACUGCUGGGAACUUAUGCCAGCCUGGUACUUCCGCGGAGAUAUAUAUUGCUGUUUACAGUGAUAAGAGAUGACUUUUUAGUUUAUUUUAGAUGUUACCUUCGAACUAAUGCGAGUAUGCUGAGCGCUAUUUAUAAUGACGUGGUAAGCUUCAGUAAUAGCAUCAUCCAUCAAGUCCAGGCUCUUGGUGAGCGCGCCGCGCCCGCGCAAGACACCGACGAUGACACCGCUGACCUUGUAGACUGCUGGGAACUUAUGCCCGCCUGGUACUUGCGCUGUUAUUUGUUGCUGUUUACAGUGUUAAGAGAUGACUCUCUAGUUUAUUUUAGAUAAAUACUUCGAACUAAAGCCGGUAUGGAUGCUUGAGCGCUAUUUACCUUUGGUAAUACAGCCUAAUAUCAUCUUCUCAACAGAGCGCUAAUAAUAGCAUUUUCUAUCGAUCAUGUGUCAGAAAUUUCUGUAUAUUCUGACUUUCGUCUGUUUACUUGGAUGACUCUUACCUACGAAGUUAUGGUGGUCUAGCACAACUUAGCGCUUCUAAAAACUAACAGGACGUUAAAGGUACCACUCGCUCUCUGACAUUUUGGAGACACCUUGAAAUUGUCUGUACAAAGACAUUUUCCAGACUUGGCUCUUGUAAUCGAACUUUAAGUACCCUUACGUGUUAUAAAUUUCGGAGCAACAGCACAUGAACUAUGUUAAGAAUAAUGUACGUUAUUCAUAAAUAUACAUACCUCAGAGUAUACAGACCCCAUUUAAAAACUAUAAGGUCACGCGUAUUUUACAGUACAACCGAGUUGUAUUCUACCGUUUUACAUUAUUAUUGCCCGGGUCCAGUCGCCUGCAAUAGUAUGUACCUACAUUAUAAAAAAUAUGCAAAAAGGUAAAAAAAGAGUUUAAUACAGUACUAGAAAUUUCUUAACUCCCUAGGGAGAACGAUUUUUCUAUAACUCACGCUCCGCCUGCGUGCAAUAGUACAUUUAGUGUGCACUGUGCGAGUGUAAUGAAAUAAUAUCUUACUCGACGAAGAUAGCAAUAAUAUUCCCACACGAUCUUAUAUUUUGUGGCCUUCGCAGAAUAACAUAUGAUUGCAAGUGAUAGUACACUCCUAAGAGCGUUUUCACAAUUUAUCCAAUCCGAUAUGGGAUGUAGGAAGGAUAUCAAAUUUGGCUCCUGUGAUAUCGUUCCAACAUCCGAUAUCGGAUCGGAUAAUGUGAAAGCGCACUAAAGCUUAAUAUUUGUAUAUAUUUUUUAUUUAUACGAGUACUGAUUGUUUUCGUAAGUAAAAACGGAAAUAAAUAGUUUCCUAAGAGUACGGGAGCACUUAUGAAUGGUAACUUCGAUAGUCCACCAUUUAGUGUCUAAGACCAUCUGUGGAUAAGCGUAUAAUGUGAAUAAGAAAAUAAUGGGUGCGAAAACUAUAAAUACAACUUGGAAAUUGCUGUUUUCCCACUGUUACAAAAGAAUGUUCAUCUUUAUACAUAUACAUUUACGGCACUUUUACUAUGUAUUAUUUUAUGUUUAAAUCAUAAUGCUUGUCUACAGAUAGUAUAUGUACGAUCUGUUAUAGUCGUGCGUGAAGUGCAAGUACCGUACAGUAUUUGCUUGACUUAUUUGCAGAGCGUAGUUUGUACGAAGAUGAACAAUCUUAGCUAUGUAGUCUCUGCUAAGAAUAUUAAUACCGAUUUAUAUUUUGCUGUCGAUUUUUAAUCUAUUUAGUCUGUUUAAUGGGUUUCUGAUUCUGUAUAUAAUUUAAGACACAUGUUUUACAAUUGUAAUUUCGGUUUCUUUUAAACAGAAUGAGGAAUCCUUAUAGCUAAAUUUUAUAUGAGUUUAAAAAUCGACUACAAAAUAAAAAUCGACCAAUCAGGCCUAAAAUAUGGAUGAAAUGAAAUUCUAAAUACGUUAGAUAUAAACGUAAUGCAAUCUCAGAAACCUUAAAAUAUACAAUGCUUUUUAGUGUAAAGUGAGUGUUUCUUUUUUUUCUUGCCACUUUUUUAAAUGUGAUAAUUUGGUAAUAUGUUAUUUCUACUCAGAACCACUAGCUUUUUCAAUCCUUACUAAUACGAUGUUGUCUUAUUUUGUUACCAUUUUCCAUACAUUUUUGUAUGGGAAAACAAAAGAGGAAAGUAACAACAAUUUAUGGAAAUUCUGGGACACUUUUUGUCUCCUAUUGAGAUAGAAAGUGCUCGUCAUACUGAGUACAAUUAACCAAAAAUUCCUUAAAAAUAUCAAAUUAAAAAAUUAGCAAAAAAAAAAAAAACGCUCAAGUAAUAUUUGAAUGUGUAUCUAGUGUAUAGAUAAGUAUACAUAGAAUAGUUUUAUUGAACUAUUUAAUUAAGUAUGUAAUUUGUCUCUUAUUUUUAAUUGUUUUUGCACUUUAGGUAUGUUUCAAUGGUGCGUAUACAUGCUUUAAAUAUUAGUGUUUAAGACGCGUGGAUCUGAUGUGAGCGGUUGGCAUGGACGUAUACGUUUUACCGUAUAAAUACAAUAGUAAGUGAAUCUAAGAAUCGAUAAAUUUAAAAAUGGUAAAACACUGCUUUUGCCUUAUUGCUUUUUGUUUGGGUACACCGAAGACAGUACUUUUCCACUUUUAAAUUUAUUCUAAGCCUAGUGGCAACGAUUGAGGCCUUUCUGCCUGUAAAAUAAAUAAAAUCCAUCUAUGCUUAAAUUUACUUCCAAUAGAUCUAAUCAUCUAUAUUAAUUGUUAUAUAUACUUUAUUAAGUUUGGUGCUCUCUAGAAUCGUCUCAACACAAGAAUAGUAUAUGAAUCUAUUUGAGACACAUGAUUUUGACAAAAUCUCUAUAAUGUUUAUUUCUUCAUUGCCACUGAACUGACUAUGUUAAAUUUGAUGCAAUGUUUUAAUUCUUGGUGUUAAACUUGUACAAAGCGAUAGCAUUUAUGAUAUUUAUUUUGAAAUGUGUAGAAAUUACUAAAUUGAACUAUGAUGUAAAUACCUUCUUACCAUGCCAACUGCAGUGGGAUGAGCGGGGAACAAAUCAACACUUUAGGUCGGUCUCAUUUACUCAAAAGUCUCAUAGGGAACUUGACUGUAGUUAAAAUGAAAGAUUUUAUACCAUGCACGAAAUAAAGCAUCAGAUAAUUAUAGGAAAAACAUGGACAGAAGUUAUUUUUUAAUCCAAUUUAUAUUUAAUAAGUCAGGUAGAAAUAUAUGUAUAAAGUAACUGAGUUGACCGUGACGUCACUCAACCCGAUUUCACAUUAUUUCCGUAUUAGCAAGUCGUUCAAAUUCGUUUUGACGGUUCUUAAAAAGAAGCUGAUUUGACUAGGAGGCAAGUAGCCUAUUGUACUAACCCGCUUACCCCACUUUGAAUGUAAGGAAGAUAAAAAAGUAGUUAGAUUUGACAAUUUUAUUCCAUUCUACAUGACAACACUGUGCUCAAAAUUGUUCGCUCUUAGCUCUUUCUCUCUCUAAUGCCAAUUAUUUCUAUAUAUCUACUUCUAUUUCACGCACUUCAUUCUAAAUAUACAUAUUUCAAUGACAGAAAUAAUAAAUAAUAACAUGGAAACACGUAAAGCAAUACAGAGUUCUAAAAAUAUAACGUAGUACAAAUAUAUUCUUAGAGAUUAGACAUAUCUUUAUGUGGCAAUUUCAUUUGUAUUAAUUAUUUUGCUUGAUUAAUGAUUAUCUCAAUGUAUGUGCACACGUUGACACGUGUGACCGUUGUAAUAAUUAUAUAGUUCUAUAUGACAGACCGCGCACUGGUAGCGUAAGCGUUCACUGCUACAUUUUAGCGCACGGUCACGUCACAAGCUGGUGUGCUCAGUGUUUAAAUUUUUAACCGCAUAUUUUUCAUUCGUAUCGCUGCCGGUGGUAGAAGUUAUAAUUGUCUUAUUUACCAGACUUUGGGGGAGCUGUAAAUUGUGUCUUGUAUAGCAGACAGCGGUUGGUUCACUUAUUCAUUCACUGGCACUGCCCCAUUUUUAGUGCACAUACAAUUAUGGUGUUUCUUAUUUUCAGUACAUAUCGCACAUAAAAAAUUCUUAAUUAGUGUAAAGCCUAAUAACGCUAGGUAAUAUAUGAAUACAUUCGCAAUAAUUCAAUAACAUUUUUUUUAUUCUAUCACAUUUCAGAAAAAUUCUUGAUAAUAUUUUUAUACUCAUCUAUUAAAAUAUGGAAGACCAUUGAAUUUUCAACAUAAUAAACUGACAGAUAUGUAUAUUAAAUUACGCGAUUACGAAUCCAUUUAUAUUUUAUGUUAUAUUGUGACAAAAUUAUCAAUAAUUUCUAAGCAGAAUUAAUAUAUAAUUAUAAUUAUGCUUGGAAAACAUAAUACAGACAUGCUAUAUACAUACCCCUUUAUUCAUAAACGUUCACUAAAGUUAUCAAGUCGAUAAAAUUCGUUUGUCCCUUUCCGACGUAUUGGUGUGAUAGAAAGGGACAAACGUACUUUAUCGGCUUAAUAACUUUAGUGAACGUUUAUGAAUAAGGGGGAUAGUGCUUAUGAGAAUUUUAGGGCGGCCGCUUAACAAGAAAUUGUAGAAAUCAAAAAUUGGCAUCAUGUAACAGUCCCGUUUUCAUUCAUAUAUUGUUUUGAAACGGACUUGUCAAUUUUUUCAUUUCAACAUUGUUGGACUGCAGUAGCUGGUUACAGCCGCGUUCAAUGACACCAACACAGUUAUAAGAACAAAAAUAUCUACAUUUCUUUUAUGCUCAUAUUUUUACAGUCGGGUUUAGAUAUUUGCCCGCAUAAAAAACUGAACGCCACUAUACAGGCGCCGGUAACAUCGCACAAAAAGAAUGCCGCAAAAAUAUUUGACAGUCUUAUUUCUAGAGACCUAAAAGAGUGUCAGAUAUUUAUGCAGCCUUGUUUUUGUGCGAUGUUAUUGCCGGUGACUGUUCACCGAGCGAGCGCCCUUAGUAUUCCAAGAUAUGAUAUAUUCCCUUCCUCCAUAGUUUAAGCUCAGGCAUAUUAAAUAACACAGAAAUAUUUUUGCUAGCUUACUUAUUAAAAAUAUCUCACUAGUUACUGCUCUUUCGCACAUUGUAAAUAUGUACCUCUAUUUAUUAUUGUUAGUGUUUAAAGCGAUUUUAAGGAUUCAUGUAAAAAUAUGUGUUAAAAUAUAUGGUAAAGAGAUAAUAAAUAGUCCGCUAAAAUGGAUUGUAGAGCAGUGUUGGUUUAACAGAAAAAUAAAUACAGAUUGACAAACUUUAUAUAAAGUAGCCACCAAUUUUGAACGCGACUUUAUUUGAAGAUUGCCAGUUGGUUUGUCUCUGGUUUGUAGGCACAAAAAGGAUAAAAUAAGGUGCCACAGUACAUUACUGUUUAAUAAGUAAUGCUUUGGACUCUCUUGCUGAUAUAGACACAUACUGCCACAUAAAGUGAUUGUAGGACACUAAGGAAAAUAAUAUACAAUAUACCUACAUAGACAACCGAUAUGUUAUUCUUAUUCAAGCGCUUAAGGUCUAUUUCGGGACGGUAUAAUGUACAGGUGCCGUAGCCGACGCGAAACGAAAACGAAGCGCUGCGAAAGGUUGGCUCUGUCGCGCCAAUACUCAAGAGCGAUAGAGAUAGAUAUUGCGAGCGUUUGUGUCAUUCGGCUACGUACCCAGGUCAAUUUCGAUAUAAAUGGACGACAAAAAUGUAUAAUUUUGACGAAGUUUUGUUUACGGCUGCUGGUAAACGAAAUAUUUAAAUUUAAAAAUAUAAGGUAAAAGUACCAAUGCUCGAUAUGAAGAGAGUACCGGCCCAAGCACUCAAUCAGUGUACAGCGAGAUAUAAUUUUGGCGCCCGCGUUCGGGGGAUCGCGUUUAAAAAUCAUUUUUUCACUGAAAAAAAGGAACAUCUGUUUUUUUGACGCCCCUCCUACCAUUUGGCGCCUAGAGCGGCCGCUCCACUCGCUCUACCCUUAAUCCGGGCCUGUCUUCGACAGAAGGGCGCUGAGUUGAGCACUGCUAUUCUUACCUUAAACAUGCUGAUGUUUUUGCCAUAACAUAGACCACCAAAUGUUUUGAGCGUCGGCGCUUAGUCAGGGCUAUAUUUGGCUUGGUUUGACAUGCUAAGUAGAUGCGUUUGCUUGAUCUAUGGUAAGUACAGCGGGACAAUUUAGACUGGGAGACAAGCGCAACUGAUCCUUUCUUUCCACGUUUUAAAUGUUUGCGAUUGAAAAAUGGAUCAGUUACAAUUGCCUCCCAGUCGGGAUUUGUCCCGCUGUACCUUAUAUAUGAAAUCAGUGGUAAGGCCAGGCGUGAUGAAAAAUCAAUUUGCUUCCUCAUUGCGCCAAAGUGGAGGUGACUAUGCGCCGGCGCUUAGAAGACGCUAGUUUUUUAUUUUUUUUUUAUUUGCCGAUUGUAUUAGAGAAAUAAUGCUGACGUAAAAAAGGACAAUAAAUUGUCCAUGUUAUUUCGAAAAUGUCCUUAGGUUUGAGAGCGCGUUAAAAUAUCGGGCCUAUUUGUUCGAUCUCAAGCGCUUGAAAGUUCGAUCUCUAUGCGAGUCUGUACCGAGGUGGCAAACGAGCUACAAGCUUUUUAUGUGUUUGUGGACACCAUAAAGUACUCUAUUUUUUUUUCUUACUCAAAGUUUGAAAACAACAAUGCUAUUUGAAAUCAUUGCGGAAAUAGUGGCUCUGCCUAUCUGCUCUCGGUCGGUGCAGACUUAGAUUAGACGGAUUAUUUUUGUUUACACAGAGCGUAGGUACAAUUUGACGUUAUAUAGACAAUCGCUUUCAAUAGAUAGAUUAUAUUAUGUAUAUUCAGCUCUAAUAUGUAUAAAUACAAUUUUCAAAUAUAAGCUAAAUAGAUAAAUAAUGGUAUAUUUUUGAAAAAUAUGGUAGUGGCAUACGCAAUGUAUUGUUCAUUGGAAAAAUGUUUCCUAAGCAGUUACGUUAACACGAACAUAACAGAAACAUUUUUCAAAGUGGUCGUAGAUAUAAAUCUGCAUUACAUGCUACUUCCAAUUUAAAAUAUUAUAUUUAAAACAGAAGUAUAUAAAUUAAAUAAAUAGCGUCAUUAAAACACAUCUAUAAUUGUUAAAUAUUGAUAUUAUAAUACUAAACAAAUGUCUUGAUUAUGUCAGUCCGUCAGAAAAGGAUUAUACGUUACAUGUGCAUCAGGGCUGCUGAUGAAAUCGUGCACGCUCAUAUUGGGCGUUGUGCGGGGCGGGGCGUGCGGCGUGCAUGUCAAACAAUUGAAGCUCAUACAAGUGUGCUGUCCACGCUGCAUAGCGGGCACAAGGGCCACCCCGCCCCGCCGACCAAGCGUCCAUGAGGGGCUGAGGGCCUCACACUUAUGCACAUGAAAUAUGACCCUUUACUGAUGGAAAGACACAAUAUGACCAUUUCGUUAAUCGACUUUAAUUGAAUCCGAGUUGUGACAAGCAUAUAGUUAAACAUAUAUUUCAAUUAACUGUCAAUAGGCAGGGUCGGUCAAAAAUAGUA